UAAAAAAUAUAUAACUGGCAAGAACGGUUUUUAGAAAAUUAUUGCAGGGGUGUGCAUUUUUGUUGUUGUUUUUGCACAACUUGAUGGCUAGCACUGCCGUGCACCCAGGAACUCGAUCCUUGAACUGUAAUGUAGCAAAAAUGUCAUUUAUAGUACAUACAUAACUACCUAAAUAUUUUAUGUAAUGUGUUUUGUUAUUUUGUGAUAUCUUAAUUCACCAGACAUCAAUUUGUGAACCUUGUAAUAUAUAUAUAUAGUUAUAUAUUCUUUAGUUAAAAAAAGUGUUGCACUCCGCGAGUGCCGGCAGAAGUGAAAACUUGAAUAUUAACGUUGUGCGUUAUUGACGUCUUACGAAUUUUCAAUCAGAGGUCGCGUGUCCUGGCGCGAGUUUACCAUUUUUCACCCAUCACAAAAAGUGCACAACGCCGCUAAAGAAGUUUUCACUUCAAAAUAUAAAAAAACAGCGCGUUGCUGUUUUUUGUAACACGCUUGUUGUUAUACAAAUAUAGUUUUAAUAGUAUAACAGUUGCUAUUAUAAUAAAACAAAAACUAUAAUUAAUCUAAAAAUCAUGUACGGAACCAUUCUUUUCUAUUCAUGGUUUUUGUGAAUCAAAAGCGAAGUUUCCCAAUUCCUCAAUAACGCAAUUCAGGAUAUGCUCGUUGAAGCAUGCAGAAUACAUUACUUCCCCUUUCGGCAUUGAGCAACGCUAGCCGCCGACGCAGUCGCUUCUUCACCAUACAAGAUGGCUGUUCUUAGUGCCCUCCUGAGUGUCCUCCUGCUACCGUCUGCGUUGGGCGACCAGUCGAGUCUGUUUUCCAAGGCCACGCGCACCAAGGCCGAUGAGCGAGACCUGAAGAGCAGCGUGUUUGACUUCAUCAUCGUCGGAGGGGGAACAGCUGGGUGCGUGCUGGCCAACAGGCUCUCUGCUGUGCCAGAGUGGAAGAUCCUCGUCUUGGAAUCCGGAGAUGAAGAAAACAUCGACUACGACAUCCCGGGAGUGCCGACGAAAGACUACCGCCCCAUCUUAUGGAACUACCGCACAGAACGGAACGGAUACUCCUGCCUCUCCAGACCCAGUGGAAGCUGCGAGGUCAGAACAGGCAAGGUCCUCGGAGGAUCCAGUGUCACCAAUGACAUGAAGUACACCAGGGGUUCCAAAGUGGAUUAUGACGGCUGGCAUGUCCCAGGGUCGUUAGGAUCCUUGGACUGGAAGUUUACUAAUGUCAUUGACAGUUUUAAAGCUUCUGAGGAUAAUGGAGACUACGAAACUUUGGUGAACUCUUUUCACCAUUCACGAGGUGGGGAAAUGCGCGUCCAGAAGUUUAAAUACUCCGACAGGCCUAUUGAGAUGUUCACAGCAGCCUUCACAGAGAUGGGGCUUCGAACCCUGGACAUCAACCUGAACGUAGCUGAAGCUGUAGUCAAUCACCAGUUUGCCAUGUCCAACAACACACGAUUGAGUACCAAUAAUGCAUUUCUAAAACCAGCCAGACAUAGAAAGAAUUUGAUUGUUAUGAAAGGAGCUAUGGUUACGAAGAUAGCAAUAAAUAAACUAGAAAAAAACGUUGAUGGAGUAAUUUAUGAAAUAGAAAAAGGGAAAGAACGUCAAGCGUAUGCUAAACGAGAAGUUAUUUUAACUGCCGGCGCUAUAAAUAAUGUAAGAUUAUUGCAUUUGUCUGGUAUUGGACCUAAGGCAGAUUUGAAGAGAUAUAACAUUUCAGUUCUAGUCGAUUUACCUGUGGGUUUUAAUUAUCAAGACCAAGUCACCACUGGAGGUCUAUCAUUCGCUAUCAACGACGUUGAACCUGUCAGUGAAAGCGAUGUCAUAAAUGAUUUCAAAACAUGGUUUCAGAGUAGAACUGGACCUUUAGCUUCAAGAGGAAUAAAUCAGAUGUCGGCUUUCAUACAGCUAUAUGAAGGUGUUAGUGCUCCAGAUGUUGAACUUGUUUUAGAAGGAAAUUUCAUAAGAAGCGAUAAAUUUAUGCUAACAAAUGUCAGCGUCAAUGUUGCUGAAGAAACGAAUUUUCCUCUUCCAUAUUAUAAUUUAGUAAAUAUUUUCCCGGUACUAUUGAAACCUAAGAGUAGGGGAAAAGUAUUUCUACACAAAAAGAGCCCUAAAUAUGGUAGGCCUGUAAUACAAGCAAAUCUUCUUAAAGAACCUGAAGACUUAAAUGCAAUAGUUGAUAGUAUAGAUAUAGCAUUACAAUUAUUGGAAACAAAAGAAAUGAAGAAAGCUGAAAUUAAAUUAGCUCCAAUUGAUCUAUUCCCAUGUGAUAGGUUGAGAAAUAGAGAACAGUGGAAUUGUAUUACAAGACACUAUACUAAAGCCAUGAGCAAUCCCAUAGGUACUUGUCGCAUGGGGGAUAAUAGUACAGAUUCCGUGGUUAGUUACGAACUAAGAGUUCACGGUAUAGAAGGGUUACGAAUAGCUGAUGCUUCUGUAAUGCCUAGUCACGCACGCGGAGGUAUAUUUGCCCCAACAAUGAUGAUUGCGGAGAAGGCAGCUAAAAUGAUUUUAAAAGAUUGGAAAGAAGAUAAAACUACUUAUUACAACACUUCAUGAUAAUAUUAUUCUUAGAAUGUAAUAAAUUAAAGGCCAUAUCAGUACCAAGCUGU